GCCGGUAAAAGACACCCAUUAUUAAAGUUUAAACGUGACUUUUGGUCCAAAAUAAUUAUUUCACUCAACUGGGUGAUGGAUUUUUUAGACUUUCUGUUAGCGUUUGGAUUUCUUGCCCAAACAGUCCAAGGAUUCGAGGAUUCUCCAUGUGCGGAGUUAAAACGAAAAUCUAACAUAGAGAAAUGCCUGGAGUCUAUUGGACAGCAAGCUAAAGAUAGGUCACUCUUCUGGUUUGGUGAAGAAUACCCUUCACGAUGUGAUGAUGACUCGUUAUACAUAGCUGAUUGCUUUAAUCCCCGACCACGUGUUACAGAUAGCCUAAUAUCAAGGGUUUACAGUAAUGGUGUGUUUGAUGACGCUGCCUUGGAUAGAUUCAUAGAAGUUACAUAUUCACAGGAAUCGGGUUCCUAUUUCGCUUGUGAAAAUGAUUUUGAAACAACAGAAGACAGGGCAAUAACUCUGGACCCGCUAUCUAGUAAUGCUUACACACCAUGGCAGUUGCGUACUGCCCCUAUGUAUCGGUGGGAUUAUGAUGAAGGCGAUCUAUAUACUUUGAUAUUCUACGAUGUGGGCUAUAUGUUUAUUAAAUCUUUCAUCAUCAAUAUUCCUGGAUCAGAUGUUUCAAAUGGGGAAGUUAUUCUGUCUUAUGAAGGUCCAAUGAACCCGACAAGAAAUCGCAAUCCCUAUCUAUUCAUGUUAUUCAAACAGUCUGGAUAUUUAAGAAUAACCCCGGACUGGAGAAACAUUCUAUAUCAGAGGUCGUCAGCUUUUGAUCUUGCCGAAUUUGACAGACAGUUUAAUUUAACAGGACCUUUAGCUUUAAACUGGAUACAAGUAACUGGUGAUCCGUAUGCUGCUGAACGUAAAAAGACAACAGGUUAUAUGAACACGUGUCCAUAUUUCGUCAGUGAAGCUUUCAAAAGCCAUCAGUUAGAGUUCUUACCAGAAGCACAAGAAAGUGCACAUCAUGAUUUAAGUGUUUAUAUUAACGUGACCUUUACCUCUCCUGCUGUGACCUUCAACUCUUGUUGUUCAGUCUAUGAGUAUCCGGCAGCCACGUUUUCCCUCAAUCCACUUGGUAACGGGCAUAUACAAGCAGCGUAUAUGCGUAGUGAUGUUUCCCCCAUGGUAACCCUUUCUAUGGCAACAGCAUUUCCAAAUAUAAACAGGGAUUUUAAAGAUAAAUUAUUAACGUUAAUGGUGUUGGAUGGUGACGUACCAUUUCCACAGUUUGGGGAUAAAACAGAACCCUUUCUACAUUGGCUUGUAGUUAAUAUCUAUGACGGAAAUGUCACUAAGGGACAGACUGUGGCCCCUUAUGUUGGUCCCGCGCCGCCGGAUUCUAAACCACACACCUACCAUUAUCUUCUAUUUGAACAAGACUAUGUCCUCCAUCCGUCUGAGAUCGCCGCUUAUGCCAACAGAAACUGUAGUUAUUUGUUUAAAGGGAGGUGUCGAUACAAGUCCAAAACAGUUAUUCAGAAUCACAACCUACAGCUGAUUGGUGCCACCUGGCACGUGACUGCUAAUGACGAAUAUGUGCGUUACGUAUACACAAGUUUGGGAAUGCCAUGGUGUGACGUUUGUAAGAACGUGGAUGGUUUCGCCUCGCCGUGUACAACAGCCGAUUCCAUAAAUACUCUGCCGUCUUUAUUCAGUGUGGUUAUCGGGAUAUUCAUAUAUAUGAUUAUGGCAUCGUGAACAAUUCCUAAUGUCUUUUAUUUUUAAGACAAUUAGAAAAACAUUUCAAGAAAGAGUAUAAUAGACUUUUACCUCUAAUAAUUUCAAUCUGAUUACAAUACAGAUUCAUAUUUCGUUUCGUUUUUUUUAUACUUUGGAUGGCUUACACUAGUUGUACUAGAAGGUCGCAUCAGGGGUCGUACGAGCGACUUUUGACCCUAUGACGUCUGACGUUGACGUUUCUAGUGGUUUACCCACAGUUCCGUGCAUCGCACGUCAAGAACUCGCCGUAACAGACCGUUUCAUUGGCUAAUUCGUCACUUCGACCAGAACACCGGAAAUAUACCAACUCUUCCAGAUCCUAGUGUAGUAAGGACAAGUAAAACGAAAUUUUGAACUAUAAAAAAUGAAACUAAAUAGGAUCUGAGUUUUAAUCAGAUUGUAAUAAUGUCCAGUUCAAACCAAUGUUUGUUAAGUGGAAACCGUCAUAAAGGAUUAACAUUUGAGUUUUCGUAAACUCCAUUUAGUAGAACUAACAAAAUAAUAUUACCACUUUUUAUUGUAAUAUGGACAUAUUGGCAACUAUUUCCAGUUUCAUUUGUAAAUAAUUUCAUAAUUUAUUCCAUCUAACUUUGGUGUCUAAGAUGUAACUUUGCUUAACAGAGAAAGAUGAUCAGUCUUGUAAAUAUGUAAAUAUAUUUAAGUAGUUGAAAUAGAUUUUGUCAACUGAUUCGCUUAACAUCUUUGGCGUUUAUUUUUUAUGUUUGUCAGUAACCUCGUUUUGUUUGUAAAUUGUUAUUUUCCUACUGUAGUAUUUAAAUAAAAUUAGAUUUUAUUUUA